AUGGUUCAUAUUGGGAAGAAGCUUCAGGAAAAGCAUAAGGAUGGGAAACCAACGUUCUCAUUCGAAUACUUUGUGCCCAAGACUGCACAGGGUGUUCAAAAUCUUUAUGACCGUAUGGACCGCAUGAAUGCCCUGGGACCGCAAUUCAUCGAUGUCACAUGGAACGCUGGCGGUCGUCUGUCAAAUUUGACCUGUGAAAUGGUCAAUGUGGCACAAUCCGUCUACGGAAUUGAGACCUGCAUGCAUCUUACUUGUACCGGAAUGCCUAGAUCGAAAGUCGAUAAUGCGCUUAAGGAAGCCUACAAAUCUGGCUGCACAAAUAUUCUCGCCCUUCGUGGCGAUCCCCCGAGAGAGAAUGAGAAGUGGGAGGCGGAUCCUCACGGGUUCCAUUACGCAAAGGAUCUUGUCAAAUACAUUAAGCAAAACUACGGUGACCACUUCGACAUCCAUGUUGCUGGUUAUCCGGAGGGCUGUGAGGACCAGGAAGACGUUGACUUACUCAUCCAGCAUUUGAAGGAGAAAGUCGACGCUGGCGCAAGCUCAAUCAUUACGCAGAUGUUCUACGACGUCGAUAUUUUUUUGGAUUGGGUUAAGAAAUGUAGGGCUGUCGGUAUCACAGUACCCAUUAUCCCGGGAAUUAUGCCAAUUCACACAUACGCUGCUUUCAUGAGAAGAGCUACAUGGACAAAAUGCCAUAUUCCCGAAAAAUGGACUGAGCUCUUGGAGCCUGUCAAGAGUGAUGAUGUUGCGGUUCGUGACAUCGGUAGAGAUCUUGUUGUUGAAAUGUGUAGGAAGAUUAUAGACGCUGGAAUUUUGCAUUUGCACUUUUAUACCAUGAAUUUGGCCACUGCGACACGUAUGUGCCUCGAGAGCCUUGGGCUUAUCCCCUCACUGGAAGAGCGAACUAAAGCUCUUCCUUUCCGUCCCUCCCUUGGACUCAGACGCGACAAAGAAAAUGUGCGGCCCAUCUUUUGGAAGAACCGUCACCACUCGUAUGUUCAGCGCACUCAAGAGUGGGACGAGUUCCCUAACGGUCGUUGGGGUGAUUCCCGUUCACCCGCUUUUGGAGAGCUAGAUGCGUAUGGUAUCGGCCUCCGCGGUAGCAAUGAUUCGAACAUCAAGAUUUACGGACACCCCAAGACAGUACGGGAUGUGGGUAAACUUAUUGCUCGAUACAUCUCUGGCGAUCUCCCAUCUCUGCCAUGGUCAGAAGGAAAGAUUAACUCAGAAGCUGAUUCCAUCUCUAAAGAGCUUGUGGACUUGAAUAGUCGUGGAUUCUUGACUAUCAACUCCCAGCCUGCUGUUAACGGAGUCAAGUCAACCCACCCCACCUACGGCUGGGGCCCUAAGAAUGGAUACGUUUACCAAAAAUCUUAUCUAGAGCUUCUGGUAACCCCUGAGCUUCUCGCAGAAUUAAUCACACGAAUUGAAAGAGAUUCAAACCUUUCAUACCACGCUGUCGACAAGACUGGCUCACUGAAGACGAACAGCAUGGAGGGACCGAAUGCGGUCACUUGGGGUGUAUUCCCAGGAAAGGAAAUCAUUCAACCCACUGUUGUAGAAACAGUUUCAUUCUUAGCAUGGAAGGAUGAGGCAUACAGACUUGGAGAGGACUGGGCGCACUGUUAUGAGAAUAACAGUGUGAGUAGGCACUUGAUCCAAGGAAUCAUGGACUCAUGGUGGCUUUUGAAUAUUGUGGACAAUGAUUUUCACGAGUCUACAAGGAUUUAUAGACUUUUUGAUGGCUUAUCGGUCGAUGGCCUUGAUAACACUCUCGAUGAUGAACUCGUUGAGAAGUUGGCUGCUGCCACUGUUGCCGCAGUCGCCUAG